CCGUGGUACCCCCGAAAACUUUAAACUUUUUCUCUGCUCCAGCUUAUCAUUAGUAGAAGAAUUUUACCCUUUCACAGUCGAGAAUUCCUGGAAGUAUGACUUCACUUCCAAUAGUUGUUAAAUACUUUUACCCAGAACUAGCAGGGAUGCUUAUCUUCAACAGACUUGAACGAAUGGUUCGUAUAAAAGCUGUUCAAUUCGUCAAGAAUGUGAAAUGUCAUUGGACCGUCGAAAAUGUGGCAGACUUUUUGGAGAAUAGGCUGCCGCAUUUGGAUUUCAGUGUGGACACUUGGAGUUAUCAGAGGAAAACUGCCUUAGAAUUAUUGGUAGGUGACAAGACCCGUCAUAGUUCCAGGGACAAGUUAGUGAUGUGCCUUCUUCUGAAGCAUGGAGCAAAUCCUUUGAAAUGUAGGAGCAGGGAAACCAUUAUGCAGAGGAUUUUACGACAUAAGGAUUCUGCCUUGAUCAUCAACUUUCUUAUGUUCGUGAAAGAUAUAAACAUUUUUCAUGGAGGAAGUACUGCCUUACAUAUCGCCGUUAGUAGAAGAUUGAAAGACGUGGUGGAAUAUAUUAUCAGUAGGAACGAGUUAAAUAUAAACAUGAGGACGAAUGGAAAAUGGACAGCUUUACACGAAGCUACAAAAGCAGGAAGGCUAGAUAUCAUUAAAACCCUCCUGGACAAUGGGGCGGACGUAGAGGCCAGAGAUGAAGCUGGGCAAACUCCACUGCAUUGGGCUGUCAGAUUCCAUUCUGCCAUGGAUCUAGUCAAGACACUGGUUGAAAGCGGAGCGGAUGUUAACUCGAAGGAUGAAUAUGGAUGUACACCCCUGCAUAUCCUCUGUACUAAAGGAGCAGUAGUGAAUAUGGAUAUAUUUGAUCUCCUGCUCCAAAAAAUGGACAAUCCAAAUACAGAGGACUCAAAGGGAUCUACACCAAUUCAUAACCUGAUGAGACUCUUACCAGUCAAUUCCCUGCCUAGAAAUAAGAAGCUCGUAGAAUUAUUUUUGAAAUAUGGUGGAAGCUUGAACAAGGAAGACGGUAUAUUUGGUACCGUGCUUCACGUGGCAGCUUGUUCAAACCAUUCUGCGAAUUUUUUGAUGUUCCUUAUGGAAAAGGGAGCCUAUGCGUGCAUUUUGAAUGGGGCAAACUUAACGUUCUUGGACUACAUUAUACGGAGCGAUAGGAAGAAAGUGAAAGAAAUCGUGAAAAAUAUGAUUGUCCAGGAGUUCAAGGGAAGAUUCGAUUUGGAUCCCCUACUUUUGAAUUGCGUGAGGACAGACCGUGAAAUCAAUGAAUAUGUGAGGUCGUGUAAGAUUGAACUCUGCUUACUUAAUGGCCGUCAACUGGGGAACGAAAAACAAUAUGCCAUGGAAAUUGUUAUUUUCCUAACAAGUGUCGAAAGUGAUACUUUUCCGCAAGAGACUGCAGUUGACAGAAUGACGCGGAGCGGAGCGGAAAAAUAUAUUUUAGAGAAAGUUUGA